AUGUUUAUUUUUGGAGGAAUAACAGGUCUCGCCCUAGUCACCACAGUAGCGUCUUUCUCGAUCGUUGAGGAUGAUGACUAUUGCUUUCACCGUCCCUUGGGGGUCUACCCAAGAGUCAACAGUACGCUCAGGUUGACCUCCGUCCAGGUGUAUGUUCGCCACGCUCAACGGGAUGAGUACACACUGCAUGAUUGCUUCCCUGAUGGGCUUCAAGUUGACUACUCCAAAGACUGUGAUAAUGUUCAUGUCGAUUAUGCGAUUGACGAGGAGAUCGCUACUGCUGGUUUUAAAUUCCGGAAAGUGUUCGUAGACCACCAAGGAAAGGAGACCUGCGAGACUGGGCAGCUCCUCAACGGGGCGAAUGCGCAGAUGGUCAAAGUCGCUGAUUGGCUGCGAAAUGCAUAUGUCGCGGAGUCCUCGCUGAAUGCCACGAAUCUUGAACUCAUCUGCACUGAUAAGAGCCGCACGCUCGGGUCACUCUAUUACCUAUUGGGGGCUUUCAUUCGACCCCAAGAUGACCUGCCGAGUACGUUGGACGUGAUGGUACAGGACCACGAGGUGGAUGCCCUUGGUCUCAACUACCGCAACUGUCCACGUGUAAAGGCACUACAGCAGAGGCCCGGUCAGGUUUGA